AUGACCGCCGAAACGCCUACGAUAGAACCUAUUCCUCUAGCACACAUAACGAGUGUCUCCAUGAUUCCUAGGGAGCGCCAAAGGGAAUUUGUCACAGAAAUGGACACAAAAGGCGAAAUAUUUCGCUCGGAAUACCGUCGAGUCAAGCUUCUGAUCGAGAUGCUGGAGUUCCGAGCGGAAAAGAACAGGUCAAUAUAUCGCGAUGUACCAGCCAGACUCCGCGAAGCUCGACAAAAAAAGCGCACCAUGAAGAGGAUGAUGAUCGAGGCUCUCCGAAAGCACAAAGAGGAUGAACUGGACAGACGCGGGAAUGACGGUGCUCUCCAGGUUGACUGGCUAAGUGUCAAGUCUCCUGUGGUAGCAGGCAAGUCCGACCUCAAAAGCCAUAUUGCGUAUAGGUUGAGACCAUCAGUCCAUACUGGUGUCAUAGACAAUGAGAUUGGGGAAAGAAACAUGGGUAAAACAUGUACCAACGUGAGUGCCGAAGUCUUGGGUGUCACCCCCGCCUUGUCCACCGUCAUGCCUAAACUCAAAAUUGGAGUACAGUGGAUUUCCUGGGGUACCCGCGAAACGGAAAAUGUCACCCGCAUGGGGGUUUCUCGGGGUUUCGGCAGAGUCGGAGAACAAGUGUGCCCCAAGUUCCUACCUAAGAACUACCGUUCUCUUUCAAGCCCGCGUGUCUAUGGAACCCUCAAGCCUCACUUCAACUACCUGAAAAGCUGCCAUUAA